AUGUCUUCAAUUCAUCCUUCUCACUCAUCUCCUGCUGGCGAAGGGCAUAAUUCUGCUUCUGAACUAGCUUCAUCAAUUAACAAUUCUUUCAAACAAACUACUUCUAUCGACAAUACCUUCGAGAAAACUACUUCUCACGAGAAACCCUCUGAAUCAGCUACCUCUCGAGAGAAUCCUUCAGAAUCACCUUACAAUAAUAACAAAAUGGGUACUAUUACUUCCAAGCUCGUUCCUGAUAUUUCUGAUAUUAUCGAUGAAGAAGUCCAAAAUUUCAAGCGCAGCAAAAACAAAAAGACGGUCAAAUUUGAAGAUACUCCUGACCUUGGUGAGCUUCAAAUCCCAGACCGAGAUCGUUUCCCGCAUCGUAAGUCCAAGGCCCAGAAGGCCCGUGACCUCAAAAACGCAGUCGAGGAAGAUUAUGACGACAACUGGCUCACGGAGUCAGAGUCCGACGGUGAAACUUCCGGAGAUGGUAAAAAAUUCGGCUUGUCCAAGGCCCAUCGCGCCGCUUCACGUCGCCGUCUCGCUGCCCUGAAUGCUCGCCAACGCAUCUUCAAGGAGGAUUUGAAGGAGAGAAAGAACAUGCCGGUUCUUCCCAAAGAAGAAAAUCGCUUUAUCGACCGUAGCUUUCGUCAUGGCCUCCAAGAUUCCAUCAAAGGAUGGAAAGAUGUCAGGUUUUUUACGACCAAGGAAACUGCUUCAGAUCUCCGCCUCGAUCAUGCUUUCAGCGGUCCACGAGGACCACCAAGAGGCUCUCGUACUGAAUACCAAGGACCUCCAACUACUUAUCGCGAUCUUUCUCGUCGCGCUUGCAAACCUCAUGCUGCUACUUGGCCUGAGAUCAAGGAACUCCUUCAAAAACGAGGUAUGGAUACCAAGGAGUUCGAGGAACGUGGAAGGGAGGAAGAGGAGCGACUUAUCCAGCUCCUCAGACUCCACGAGGAAGGCUGUCGUGCCAAGCGUGCCGGAGCGAAAUACGAUGACUUCGGCGAUGAGCUUGGGGACAGUGACGAGGACAAUGACCAUGAUGUCGAACAUCACAGCGGCGAGAGCAGUGACGAGGAAGAGGCGGGAUUUCUCCCGCCUCCUGUAAUGACCGGGUGGGACUACGUCAACCCACUCAACUGGUCCCUCGACUUGGUCCCAGAGUGGGUCCAAGAUUUCUUCAUUUGGGCUCAACAAGCUGAGCACCUCUACGACGACGACACCGACUGGUGCCAGAUCAUCUUUAUGAUGGUCAUUUUCUGGCUGGGGGGUCUCUUUACCCUGCUCAUCGUUUGGGUGAUGAGCAGGGCAAUGAUGGCCACCGGCCAGUGGAGGAUGGAUGAGCCCGGGCAUCCAGUUCCAAUCUAA